CAAACUAUUUUCAAAACUGAAAACACUGACCAGUAACUUUUAAAUAUGGCGGAAUGUAGUGACAGUUCGGUAUCAGUGAAUAAUACGAAUGUCCCGAAGCAGAAAACGACGCCGGCGGAAUCGGGUUGUGCGAAGGAAGAAAAGACUGAUAAAGAAAAUGGACCAAUUAAUAAUGAUAAUUCCGAUUCUCAAAGUAAUUUAAGCAAUAUUGUAAGCCGAAUACCAGAAUGUGCAGUCACGAAUGGAGAAGAGAGUACGUGCAGUGAUGAAUUACCUCCUUUAGAUGUGAUGUCGGUUCAUGUGAGCGGCGUCUAUCUUGUGCCCGCUCAGAUGUUGCCCCCCGUCCAAGAUAAGGGCGUCGCGGCGCCAGCGAGCGUCGCGAAAACGAAAUCGGUUGCCAUAGUAGCGCCGCAGAGGAGUAACAGCUUGGAUUAUCUCAACUUCGAGGAGAAGAGGCAGCUGAUAGCCUCGUCGCUCUCCCUUUCCGAUUUCAUCCACGUCUCCGGCGCAAACACCAAGGAUAUCAAAGAUGGUGUCACAACAGUGAUAGUCGCGAAAAAACAGAAUGGAAACGCGUUCAGGACCAACAGCCUGGGCAGCGGAACGCGAACGCCGCCGCUCGAAAGGAAGAGCAAAUUUUCCGCCAUUGGAAAAUUCUUCAAGCCGUGGAAAUGGAAGAGGAAAAAGAAAUCGGAUAAACUGGAAGCAGUCUCUAGAACUCUUGAAAGAAAAAUAUCAGUCCGAGCCAACAGGGAUGAACUGGUGCAAAAAGGAAUUUUGUUACCAGAAAGCCCUUGUAACCCAAUAUCCGAGCCAGGAGAACCAGUUGCAUCUUCACCUCUAUUUCCUCCGAACGGUGGGCAGCCGAGCCCCGCCGUGCAGCAUCAGCAGCAGCAGCACCACCAAUUGACGAGCCCCCAGGGACCUCCGCCCGCCUACCCAAGUUUACCUCCAUUCCCGAACUACCAGCUGCUCCAGCAGCAACUCUUGCAGAAUCCGCAAUUCGCACAGGCGAACGCCAAUAAUACCGGUGAGUUACGUUUUCCCGUAUCCAAAUUACAGCCGAAAAAAGAUAAGACUGAUGGUUCAGCACAGAACGGGGCGCUUUCUCCUAACGGGGAUUCGCAGUCUCCGACCCUACAGCCUCCAGGCUACGGGGACACCCCGAACAAACCGGAAAGACCCAACUCUCUGGGUCCCGGCAAACUUACCCGACGACUGUUAUGUUACCACAGCGAACACUUUUCUGAUGGACCUCAAGGGGGGCCUCCUGGAAGUACGCCGCCCCCGCACGAGCGACAGUCACACCACGUCCUGCCUCCGAUCGCCCCCGGUUUCAUGCUUUCAGAGCUGCCAGAACCGCCGAUACCUGUCUCUGAAAUCGGGCCCAUUCCGCCGCCCCCGAUGUUCAGCUCGCCCAGUCCCGUCCCCCAUCGACAGCCCUCGCCACUGCCUCCACAUAUCGGGGACUACGACUAUGACGAUCAAGACGAUGAUGAUGACGACGGCGUGGAUCCAGAGGAUUUGGACGACUGCUUGUACAGAAUGCCACAGCCGGAUCCGGCCAUCGACACGUCGCGAGUGGACGAGAUUCCGGCCAAGGAGCCAAAGUUCAAUGCGAUGCCACUGAAGUCAGCCCUGAAGAAGAAGGGCGGCCCUGGAACACCACAGAACACUCCGACACAGGAGAAUCGACCUUUGGGCAUGCGACAAGAUCACGUCACAUUCAAAUCUGAUCGAUCCUGGCGGAUACAAGCAGUACCACCGUCGAUGAGGAGUUAUGGAAGGCCUCCUUUAAGGCCAAGGAUGCGAAUCUGCGGAAAAGCCGGAAAGUUCGGUCUGCCCUGCACGAUGGAGAACAAGGAGAACGCUCGACCAUACGUGAUCCGCGAAGACCACGACGACGAUGAGUCCGGAGACGGUCCGAUCCGCUACCGCGACGAAGACGGUAACAUCGCCGACGAAAGCCAAGUGGCCAUGAAGAUUGCCCGCAAGGAGAGCUUAUCCAUCAAGUUGUCCUUGCGACCGGACCGUCAGGAGCUCAUCAACCGCAACAUUCUGCAGAUGCAGAGCGAGAACGAGCGGCAGGAGAGCAAGGAAGCGAUCGGUGCAAGACUCAUCAGACGUUUGAGCAUGCGACCCACUCAGGAAGAACUCGAGGAAAGGAACAUACUCAAAAAGACAACGCCAGCCGAAGAGAAGAAACAGAAGGAGGAGAAGAAACGGUUUCUGCUGCGCAAGCUGAGCUUCAGGCCCACCGUCGAGGAGCUGAAAGACAAGAAAAUUAUCAGGUUCAAUGAUUACAUCGAGGUCACGCAAGCUCACGACUACGAUAGGCGCGCUGACAAACCUUGGACUAGGCUCACGCCGAAAGACAAAGCUGCCAUCCGUAAAGAGCUAAAUGAGUUCAAGAGCUCUGAAAUGGCUGUCCACGACGACAGUCGCCAUCUAACUAGAUUCCAUAGGCCUUGACGAUUGCAAGGUCACAUAGAAAUGAAGAUAAAAAAUUCUGUGAUGGGCAUAGAUGUAGGAACAAAAUUCCGGAGUCUCGUUUCCGGUUAUCCCAGCAAUUGUGUAACUGUUUUCCUGUACAUACGUGAUUUUUUUAUUACACAGAGUUAUUAUUGAUAAGCGAAGACGAUGCGCCGUCGGAAUGGAUGCGCUCGACGAAGAGAAAGUUUAAUAUUCUAUAAAUAUAUACAUACUAUAAAUAGUAGGUGUAAAUUAAACUAAAGUAAGCGUUUUAAGAUAAACGAGAAUUUCGAUCAGGAACGUAUUAAGAAAAAGAAGAAUGUAAUAACGAUAACUUUUGAUGAUGAUGAUGAUGAGGAUUAUUUGAAGCACUUGAUCAAAUUGUAAAUACUAUAUAGAUUAAUUUUAGUUUUUAUUCAUGCAUUAAGAUACGUAGUUCUUAAAUGAUAACAAAAAAAUAAGUAAAAUAAAAAAUAAAAUAUGUAUACACAUCACUUUGCGCAGAAGGAGGAAGGAAGAAGGGAUCCGACUGUCGAAGAGUCGUCCCUUUUCGUACGUUCGUUCGAUCAUUAUUAUUCAAUUAUUUCGUUUCACGAUUAUUUUUUCAUACGAUUGUAACGAAUGGAAUUGUAGAUAUUAUUCGUUUUAUUUUUUUUCUGUUUUAACUUAUUCUUUAUUAUUUGUUUUUAAACUGAUAUUAGGAUCGAUCGGAAUCCUAACCUUAUCUUAAUUUUCCAUAUAAUAUCUUGCUCUUAAGUUUA